AUCUUUGCAGACAUGAUUGAAGACCUCUAUAAUCCUCUCUUUGAUCAGCGAAACAGAUUGAGCUCUGUGAAUGCUGCUUUGAUUGAAGUUUUGGAAAUUAUGCCUUCUUCCUGGUGGCUCCUGUCUGAGACCUUGGUUGAAGCCAUGAAAAGAGUACUAGAAAGCCUCAACCUCAACAUUGUAGAGAUGGUAGAUGAAAACGCAACAUUGGAUGGUGGAGAUGUCUUAUUUACAGGCAGAGAAUUUUUUGUGGGUCUUUCCAGGCGGACAAAUCAACGUGGUGCUGAAAUUCUGGCUGACACAUUUAAGGAUUAUGCUGUUUCAACAGUCCCUGUUCAUGAUUCUUUGCAUCUGAAGAGCUUUUGCAGCAUGGCUGGACCAAACUUGAUUGCUAUCGGAUCAAGUGAAGCUGCACAGAAAGCCCUCAAGACCAUGCAACAGAUGAGUGACCACCGCUACGACAAGCUGACGGUGCCGGACGAUGCUGCAGCAAACUGCAUCUACUUAAACAUUCCCAGCAAAGGCCACAUCCUACUGCACCGAGCCCCCGAGGAGUACCCAGAGAGCGCGAAGGUUUUUGAAAAACUGAAGGACCACAUGCUGAUCCCAAUAGCGAACACAGAACUGGAGAAAGUAGACGGGGCACUCACCUGUUGCUCUGUGCUUAUUAACAAAACUUCAGAAUUAUGAGUUUACAGAGUCCCUCCCUUGUACCUGGCAAUAAUGUUACACACAAGGUAGACGAAUCUGUAUCCACACUUAAUUAUUGUUUUUAUUGACAAUCUACUGUACCACUGUGCUACUAACCCUUGUUUACAAAUAUUUUGCUUUGUGUAUUUUUAUGUCCUUGCAGAUGGUAUUUAAGGUGGAUGUACAGUUUGUUGGGGGACACAACUGAAGUGCGUUAGUUCCAUGGGCUUGCAGAAGACAAUUGUAAUGGCUAGCUCCUAGCUUUAGUGAUUUAACACAUCCGUGUGAAAAUUUUGUGAAAACCCACUAAUUCUCAACAUUUCAAGCACCUCUGAUGUCUUUACACUGUACCCUUCUGUCCUUUUUCUCUUGCUUCCUUGCUCUGCAUCUUUUUUUCUUCCUUGAUCCCCUCUACUUUCAGUGAUGCAAGGUAUCAGGGAGGAGUGAAGAAAACUCA